AUGGGUAUGUUGGUCAUUGUCAUGCUUGUCUGUAACUGCAACAGUUUUUUCAGUGUACGCUACAGAAAUAUUAACGAUCAAACUGGCCAGAGAAUCUCUGAAGAUAAGCUGAAGUUGCUCAUUGUGAUUAGUAACGAUGAUGAAGGCGCUAAAAGUGAAGCACUGAAUGCAGUCGAAGAAAUUCGAAAGCAAGUUGUUAGCGCACCAAUUUGUGUUGUCGCUCAAUCGGAUAAUCGAGAUAAUAAUAAAAGCUACAAUAACUUCAUAGGGAAUGGCAGAGUGUUAAUGUUUUACGGACCUGACGUAAAAGCAUCGAUCCUUCUCGUAAAUAAAAAAGAUACCAGUGAAAUGUUGAAAACAAAGUUUGAAAAUUGGAAGAAGGAAUUGCUGUUCCUUAACAGUCAUCAAGUAAUAGCCUUCCAUUUUACUGUGGUCAAUGGCACUGAGCCGGAGGAUAACGAAGAGAUAUUCAGUAAUACAUUCCCAGACAUUCCGCUGAGUACAUUACGUUUACUUGAUGAAUCAUCGAUGACUGGAGUUGACUAUCAAGUUGAAACGGAAUUUCGUUUCGAUGUCGGUCCUGUAUAUGCAAUCGUUGGUUUUCGACAAUUUGGAAGAAAAUCCGAAUAA